UAGUGCCAAAAAACCACCCAGUGUGAUGCCAACCGCCGCGGAGGGUUGACGGACCGCGCCAUAUACAACCAACCUCAUUGGACAAAUAUCGCCCUUUGGCGUAAAACGUCCAAAAGCAUACGUGUCCUUAUGAAGGAAGAAAAUUUCGCGAGUUUUCUUUUGGACUUCGUUACGACUUUAAAUUGUUAUAAGGACAAUAAUUUCUACAGAAUAUAAGUGCAACCAUGGAGACCGAUGAUAUCGAAAUGGAAAUUGCAACACGUAGGGGGUCGAAUCCAAGGAUGGGGCGAAGUGACUCGAAUAGAAGUUUUACGAGACAUCGUAAAAUGAGCAGCGGGCUGUCGAUGAACUACAACAUGCACGGCUGGCGGCAGAACUCCCUCACCAUUAACACUAUAGCGCAGAACUCCGCUUACCUCGCCGAGAAACUUAUGGUUGAUCAAGGAGAAGAAGACAAGCGCUUGGCGGCUCCAGUUUCUUGGUUACAAUUAUACAGAUAUGCGACACCCUUGGAGAUUCUACUGCUGCUGUUCGCACUAUUCCUGGCCUGCAUCAACGGUCUCUUCGUCCCGGUAGGCGUCAUCAUCUACGGCGAAUUCACGGCACUGCUCAUCGAUAGAACCAUCAUGACUGGGACAUCGACUGAAACAUGGACCAUUUCAAUGUUCGGUGGAGGUAGAAUACUUACAAAUGCAUCGAGAGAAGAGAACAGGGAGGCGCUCAUCGAAGACUCACAGGCAUUCGGUAUCGGCUGUACAGUGUUCUCAAUAGGCCAGUUCAUUGUUGGUGCCAUCAGUGUCGACAUAUUCAACUAUAUGGCUCUCAAACAGGUCGACAGGUUAAAGGCGUUGUUUUUAAAGGCUGUGCUUCGCCAGGACAUAUCUUGGUACGACUUGAAUACGUCCAUGAACUUCGCUACCAAAGUCUCGGAUGACAUCGAGAAGUUUCGAGAAGGUAUUGCGGAGAAAGUGCCGAUCUUCAUUUAUUUGGUGAUGUCAUUCGUGACGUCAGUGCUCAUCUCCUUCUGUUACGGCUGGGAGCUCACGCUGGUCAUCCUCUCGUGUGCACCCAUCGUCAUAGCAACUACUGCUGUUGUGGCAAGGAUACAAUCAUCGUUAACAACACAAGAGCUAAGAGCGUACAGCGUGGCUGGUGUAGUUGCCGAAGAAGUACUGUCAGCGAUACGAACAGUGGUUGCUUUCGGUGGAGAAAAAAAGGAAAUAGAUAGGUAUGCUCGUCGUUUAGAGCCUGCCAAGAAGAUGGGUACACGGAAGGGGAUAUUUUCCGGGUUGGGGAGCGGAGUCAUGUGGUUCAUAAUAUAUGCAACCUAUGCACUUGCCUUUUGGUACGGCGUCGGGCUCAUCCUGGACAGUAGACAUGAAGAAAAACCUGUCUAUACAGCGGCCGUGCUUAUGAUUGUAUUUUUCAGUGUGCUUCAAGGUGCUCAGAACGUGGGUCUGACGGCCCCACAUAUGGAGGCUAUAGCGACAGCCCGAGCGUCUGCUGCCUCAGUCUACGCUGUGAUAGACCGCAAGCCGCCGAUAGACGUGUUCUCCACUGAGGGCACCACGCCGCAACUGAGUGGUGACAUCGAAUUCAAAGACGUGUACUUCAAAUAUCCUGCCAGGAAAGACGUACAGGUAUUAAAUGGCCUUAAUCUGACGAUACCCUGCAACGAGACCAUAGCACUGGUGGGUCCUAGUGGUUGCGGGAAGUCAACGGUUCUGCAACUCAUUCAGAGAAUGUAUGACCCCGACAUGGGAAAGGUCAUGUCCUCAGGUUGUGACCUCCGAGAAAUCAAUGUGAGGCACUUCAGAAAUCACAUCGCAGUUGUCGGACAAGAACCUGUACUCUUCGCUGGUACCAUCAAGGAGAAUAUUAGAAUGAGUAACAUGGCAGCUACUGAUGAGGAAAUUUACACUGCAGCGAAAGCGGCUCACUGCCACGAUUUCAUCAAAAAACUUCCUGACUCUUACGACACAAUGAUCGGUGAGAGAGGAGCUCAGCUGUCCGGAGGUCAAAAACAACGAAUUGCUAUUGCCAGAGCUUUGGUACGAAAGCCAAAGAUUCUGCUUCUCGACGAGGCCACAUCAGCUCUUGACUCCAGCAGCGAGAACAAGGUGCAAAGAGCCUUGGACGCAGCUGCAGCAGGACGUACCACCGUGAUGGUUAGCCACAGGUUGGCGACAGUCCUCAAUGCAAACCGAAUAGUAUUCAUUGAUAAAGGUGAGGUGAUAGAGCAAGGCACUCACGACGAACUCAUCGCGCUGAAAGGACGGUAUUAUCAGCUGGUGUUGGAGGACGAAGCACAUUCUGAUGCUCCUUCAACGGCAAUUGCGCCAAAACGUGCCCAGUUUUCAAAGAAACCGCGUUUAAGUAAACUGGCAUCGGUUGACUCCGUGACGAGUAACGUAUCGGCCGGAUCAGCGUCAACUGACGCCUCUGAAGUCGAGGAAGAAAAAAUUGAGGAGGAGUUUCAUCCGUCAACCUGGCAAAUUUUGGCGCUCUGUGCUCCUGAGAAAUGGCUGAUGAUAGCUGGAGUGUUCGCUGCUGUAGCAGUGGGAUCAUCCUUCCCAACGUUUGCGAUUCUCUUUGGAGAAACUUAUGGGUUCUUGGAAAGUCCAGACUCGGAUUGGGUACGAGGACAGACGAAUAUUAUUGCGAUACUGUUUCUUCUUGUGGGCGUUUACACCGGGGUUGGCAUCUUCUUCCAGAUAUUUAUUUUCAACUUGACUGGAGUUCGAUUGACGGCUAGGCUAAGAGUAGCAGCAUUCAAAACUAUGUUAAACCAAGAAAUCGGUUGGUUUGAUGAUCCGAGCAACGGAGUCGGUGCUCUGUCCGCCCGUCUGGCCGCUGAUGCCGCUGCGGUCCAGGGAGCAACAGGAACACGUAUCGGUGCUUUAAUGCAAGCUUCAGCCACCAUAGUGAUCGGCAUCUGUCUGUCUCUGUACUUCACUUGGAAGAUGACCCUGGUCUCCUUGGUGUCUGUUCCCAUGGUCAUCGGAGCCGUCGUCCUGGAGGGCCGGGUGCUGUCCGCCGGCCUGUCUCUCGUCAGAGAGGCCUCGUAUAGAGCGACCACCAUCGCGACAGAGGCUAUUACGAAUAUUAAAACUGUUUGCGCUUUCUGUGGUGAGGAAGGAGUUCUGCGUCGCUAUCACGAGGCUUUCAUUGAGGGUCGUGUGGCGGCUCGCAAGAGUCUGCGCUGGCGCGGGAUGGUGUUCUCCUUCGGGCAAACCGCUCCCGUCGCCGGCUACGCGCUGUCGCUCUAUUACGGAGGCGUUCUUGUUGCCAACCAAGAAAUACCCUAUAAGAGUGUUAUCAAAGUAUCAGAAGCCUUGAUCUUCGGCGCGUGGAUGAUGGGGCAGGCGUUGGCGUUUGCUCCAAACUUCGGUGCGGCUGUGAGCGCUGCCGGCAGAGUCAUGACGCUACUCGAGCGAAAACCCAAAAUCGUCAGCACAACAGCGCCUUCCGUAUCAGAAGGUUAUAUCGCAAAGGGUAAGAUUCAGUACAAGAACAUAAAGUUCCGCUACCCGACUCGGCGAGAGGUUGAAGUUUUGCGUGAUCUCUCCCUCCUCAUCCCGACUGGCAAGCGCGUCGCCUUCGUCGGCCCCAGCGGCUGUGGCAAGUCCACACUCAUACAAUUGUUGCAACGAUUAUACGACCCCGAAGACGGAUCCGUGUUUCUCGACGACUACAAUACAAAAGCGGACAUGCGGCUGUCGACGCUUCGCAACAACCUCGGCAUCGUAUCACAAGAGCCGGUUCUGUUCGACCGCACCAUCGCUGAGAACAUAGCUUACGGGGACAACACGAGGAACGUUACCAUUGAGGAGAUCGUCACGGCGGCCAAGCAGGCUAAUGUCCAUUCGUUCAUUGCGGCUUUGCCUAAUGCGUAUGAGACUCGCAUCGGAGCACGCGCAUCGCAACUGUCUGGGGGUCAGAAACAGCGGAUAGCCAUCGCGAGAGCGCUGGUGAGGAACCCGCGCGUCCUACUGCUUGAUGAAGCUACCUCCGCUCUUGAUACACACAGUGAAAAGGUGGUGCAAGAAGCGUUAGACAGAGCAAGUGAAGGUCGCACUAGUUUGAUUAUAGCACAUCGCUUAUCCACUAUACAGACAGCUGAUAUGAUUGUCGUGAUCAACAAAGGAACGGUCGCGGAGAUCGGGACGCACAAAGAGCUCAUCGCUUUAAGAGGUAUUUACGCAAGGCUGUAUGAACUACAGUGCGGUUUCGCUGAAGAAAGCGACAUGGAGGGCCAAGGCGCUGAGUCGUAAAUAACAAUAGGAUAUUUAGACAAGUUGUAAACCUGUAGUUGCAGGCGUAGAAUCCCUUUCAACAUUAAGCUAUCUGCUGUUCACGGUCAAUCGUGUUUACACGGCUUUACGCCGAUUAAUUAAACGUAUUUUGACCCUUAAGUCCCUUGGAAUAGGAUACAUUUUACUUUGACGUAGACUCCUUGCUUGAAUCUCGGUAUAACACACGAUUUGGACCAAACAUUAUCUACGGCAUGACGAAAUAUGUAGUACGCAAUUAUUUAAGUCAACCCAUACACGGAUGUGCAACGAGAUGACGAACAGACUUCAAUUGUUAUUGUAAAUAUAAUGUUAAUAAAUUUGAGAAUGUAAUAUAUAUUGAAGUGUAUGACCUAUUGUUUACGUCAAAAUACAAAGUGUUAUAUCUAGAUAUAAAAACUAAGAGUAAAAUGUUAGAACCUAUAUUUUGCUCAUGUAAUACCUUACCUACAUUCCCUCACCUGUGGCCUAGCCCCGUCCCCGAACAUUCCCUUUAUGAAAAGACAAACUAUCCCUCUAAUAACCUAGUUGUCUACUAAACUAUCCGUCAAACAUUGUUCAUUUGACUUAAACCCUUAUUGCUAUUGUUCUAGAGUAUAUAAUCAAUCAACAAACAGUCUUAUCACAGAUGUACUUAAAAAUCAAAUUAUUCUAUAUUUUUAAUGGUAACGCUGUCUUAAUCAAUAAUUGUAUUAAAUUGAAUUAACUUAGGUGAUUCAAAUCACAGCUUUGCCUACUACGGUGCCUUGAAACAAAUUAGUUACCGUUUAUUUUUAUCGGCUGUAUGGCUGUUAUUAACCAAAGAUUUUUUAUUUUUUAAUCUGUCUUUAUACUAAUGAAUUAUAUUAUGAGCAUUACUAAUUAUUGCUUCAGUAUUGUAAAGCAUCUUUAAAUUAGCAUUUCUAGAGUAGGUACUGUAUCAAAUCAUCAAAUAAAUUGUGCUCAAGUGUAGAUAGAUGUAACCUCAUGUGAUCAAAAUGAUAUUUUUAUACCAUGUUACGAUUUGUAAUGUUAUUGGUGUUUUGCUAAAUAAAGUAUAUGUAUUAUUUAGUUGUACAGAUAAAUAUUUAAAUAAAAUGUGGACUUGA